CCGGGGUUACCAUCAACAACCUUUUUAGCUCAGUAUCAAUGCUUGCCUGGCUUUUUGUUACAACGACCUGUAUGAUUGUGUGCAGAAAAGCACGACAGUUGCUUCCCAAUCAAAGCUAGCAUAUUGUUAUUUAGCUGGAGUUUUUGUCAUUACUUUGUCAGCCUAGUGGCUAAUUACGUUUAGCAAACACCAGCUAGCAUGCUAACUACGAUGCCUUCAACCAGAUUAAUUCGUUUAUAGUUUUUAUGAUGACUAAUGAAGGAGUAACAACACUGGCGUACAGAACUACUCCGAAAACAACGAAAAGGACAACAUUUCAGGAUGAACUUCAGGCUGCUGUAACUGCCAGGGCAAGCAAAACGAAAACAGAUCAAUACUCUUACUCCGAUGACUUUGAGGAUGGUGAAGACGAUUUUUUGAAUGAGCUCCUAAAGUCAAGAAAAAAGAAGAUUGAUGCAUUCAAGGCUGGGAAGACUAAAGCCAAACUUGACAACUUUGAGCUUUCAGAUGAUGAAGACAAGCAAAAUAGGCCAAAGAAAGUUUCAUUCCUGAAAACCCAAAGAAAAAGCUCUUCCCCAAAUGCCACAACACCAUCAGAGGGACAAGAAAAUGAGCCAGCAGGGUCUUCUGUUGAUGAACAAGCCAAUUAUAAUGGCUCCUUUCCCCCACAGAACUCUGCACAUGUCAGAGAAGAUAACAGUCACUUUGAAAAUAGGGGUUUGGAGUCUCCUGAUCCUGAGAUCACAAGAGGGUACUCAAGUCUGUCAUAUCUAACAUCAGAUGAUACUUUAUCUUUGCCCUUACCAUCUGAAGGCAGUGUUGUAAACACUCCUGGUCCUGAGGAGAAGAAGAGGAACCCUGUGGUGGGAGAAAGCUCAGAGACUCCACAAAGAUCAUCACCUCACCUCAACUACACUAAUUCUCCUGAUAGUGUGACAGAGAGGGAGCCUCCCAGACCCAAGCCUCGGCAACGAACUCUUGGAUUGAGGUUUCAAGCUACAGAAAAGCCAGCUGAGGAAAAUGGAUCCCAGGAUUUGAGCAGGUCCCAGACGUCUUCUGCAUCAGUCCACCACUCAACUGCCACAUCCAGCAAUUUUACUUGCACAGAUGGAGAUGCAACAGCUUCAUGUAAUCUCAGCAAAUCCUCUUCAAAUAAGAGCCAACAGUCACAACUCCUCACCAAGUCCACGCUUGAUUCUGGUUCCAGAGAUGGCUUUAUAUCUGAUGACAGCAAAGAACCACAGAGAAACUACACUUCAACAUUUGAAGAAUUUAAUGAAAACACAGAAGAUCACUCAGAUCAGCUUUCUCAUGCUCCUGAAAAAUCCUUUGAUACCAGGACAUCAAGCUCUCGUUCUAAGAGCUCGGAGAGGUCCCAGAGUGUGUGCUCCAAGAAGGUGGAAUCAAAGUAUUUGGGGACUCUCAAAGUUCUGGACCGUAAAGUUUCCCUACAAGAGUCUCAACCACAAGCAGCAGAUUCUCUCAGAGCUGCCAUUUAUCAGGAAUGGCUUAAAAAGAAAAAAGAAGAGUCAAAAGAGAAAAUGCAACAGAAGAAGAAAGAGGAGCUUCUCAAAGAAAAAGAAAAGAUGAAAAAAGAGGCCAAAAAGGAAGAUGCUGUUGCAUCCUACGAAGCUUGGAAAGAAAAGAAGGCAGAAAGCCUCAAAGCAAAAGCCAAAGAACAGGAAGAUAUAAUUAGAAAAGAGCAAAGAGCGACUGAAGAGAAACAAGAAAAAAGGCAGUCUGCUAAACAGGUGUUUGAAAAAUGGAAGCACGAGCAUGAUGAUCUGCUUAAAGAGAAGCACAGAAAACAGAGAGAGGCCGAAAACAAACUUAAACAACAGAAACAAGCGAGAGAAGACGAAAGAAAGAGAGACAGCACUUCUGCUUUUUCAGACUGGUGUGAGAAGAAGAAGCAUGUUCUCCAUGAAAAGCUCACAGAGGAACGUAAAGAACUCAGAACUAAAGUGGAGGAGGAGCAAUACAUGAAAGAAGACAGAGAUAAAAUGUCUUUAGAGAUGUAUGAAAACUGGCUGACAAGAAAAGAUCUGGAGCAGAAGAGGCAACAAGAGGAAAGACGUAUUAAAGAAAUAAUCCAGGACAGUCCUCCUCCACCAUGGAGUCCUCCAAAUAAAACCAUACCAUUUCGAAAAUGACCUCUGAAAUAUCACAUUUUUUAAAAUUAAAUUAAACCAGCAGCUCUCUCUCUCUCUGUCUCUCUCUCUGUCUCUCUCUCUAUCUA